UUAUCCGUGGUUGAAACAGUCAAGUUACCAGGAUAGUGUGGAAGUUCCUUUCACUAGCGGUAUCUCUGAUAAUCUGUGAUGUUGGUGGUUGCGUUGAGUUCGUAUUAACGUUUUAAGGCAUUGGUCAUGAAGACGGCUCUUAUGGUUGCUGAAAAGCCUUCAUUGGCUUCUUCGUUGGCAAAUAUAUUAAGCAAUGGGAAAAAUUCAUCAAGAAAAGGUUCAAAUGGUGCUUGCUAUGUUCAUGAUUGGACAGGGUCCUUUCAUGGUGAAACCAUUCAUUUCCGAAUGACAUCCGUGUGUGGCCAUGUGAUGACCUUGGAUUUUGUUGGAAAAUAUAACAGUUGGGAUCGUGUUGACCCCGUGGAGCUGUUCUCGUGCCAAACAGAGAAGAAGGAAGCUAAUCCAAAACAGAGAAUGCAGUCAUUUUUAGCGCAGGAGGCCAGAGGAUGUGACUUCUUGAUUUUGUGGCUUGAUUGUGACAAAGAAGGAGAGAACAUAUGUUAUGAAGUUAUCAGCUGUGUACAGAAUUACAUGAGGAGGAAUGUACAAAGUCCAGAUGUCGUGUUUCGAGCCCAUUUUUCAGCUAUAACUGAGAAAGAUAUUAAAGCAGCUCUAGCAAAUCUGGGGAAGCCAAAUGAAAACGAAGCUCGUAGUGUAGACGCUCGACAGGAACUGGACCUUCGAAUUGGUUGUGCCUUUACCAGGUUCCAAACUAAAUUUUUUCAGGGUAAAUAUGGGGAUUUGGAUGCAUCGCUUAUUUCAUAUGGUCCCUGCCAGACUCCAACUCUGGGUUUUUGUGUUCAGCGCCAUGAUGAAAUUCAGACAUUUAAACCAGAACUGUACUGGGUCUUGCAACUUGUAGUUCAG